AUGACGGUCACGGAAAUAUCUUUCCUACCCUCCAGCACUCCCGGAGAGGUGACCGAGACACUUCGCGACAUCGCCGUAGCUGCGAUCGCCUAUCAAGGAGAAUGGUGCGCCACGAACGCGCCAUGGCUGGCACAGGACCGUGGGGAAGCCCUCUUCCAGCAAGUUGAAGAUCCUGGGGUGGUGCUAAUCACCGCACACUGGGAUUCUAUCGAUCAGCACCACGCAGUGCUCGCGACUCCGAGGAACCAGAAGAUUCUUGUGGACGCGGAACCUCAUCUCCACGCCGCGACGGUGAGGCCGGGGCAUAUUGAUGGCGUCAAAUUAUUCCCUAAAUCUGAAGAGGAGGGGUUCAUACCCGCGCUGGAGGCACCGGUUCUCGUUGUCACAAUAUGGUCCGUGCAUCGAGAGAAUAAGACCCGAUUUGAGGAAGCGCUGGGUAAGGUUAAGGGUGUUUUAGAUGGGUUCGCGAUGCCUUACCGUCACAGAGGCGGUUGGAAGAUUGAGAAGGACGAGGGCGAAGACAUUGAGCAGUAUUUCAUCGCAGGUGGGUUAGACAGCGUUGAGAAGAGCGCGGCAUUCGCCCAGGUAGAAGGUUAUAAUAAGUACGACCAGACGCUAUCACCAUUGGUGUUGAAUAUUGAAACCAAACACUACAAACGAAUUGGUUGA